UCAUUUGUUAUUUUCUCUAGUGCUUGGCUCCAGCGCAGACUUUCAAUGAGAGCUUUAGCCUGUGAAAGCUGCUGUGAUGUGAGGGUCUAGAUCGUUGGCUGUCAUAACGCAGUCAGCUCAAAGGGAACGUUCAAAAUGGCAUAUAUUUCACUGCUAUCGAAUCCUAACCAUUUGGGGUGCUCGAGAGCCAUUUCAACAUAUUCUCAAGUUCCAUACGUCACUUACCCCAAAGUGUCAAGCACGACUUCAGUCCAGAGCCGAGGGAUAUGGCGAUAUACAUACCAUCGAUAUGGGAGCAGAAGCUCUGAUGAAAGAAGGAGGUUGGAAAAGCAUCUGCGCCAUACUCCUUCGAAGCUAAGAGACCGACAAAUUAGCCACCGACAACGAUCACAAUCUUUUCUCGAUGAUCAUCGUCCGUGGUGGAAUUCUGGCUGGGGAUGGAGCCGGUUGAAAUUCAGCAUUCCUCCAAAUUGGAAUGAACAUGCGCCCAGGAACGACUAUUGGGAAGCACAAAGGAUUCGUUUGGAGCAGAGGAUGGAACAAAUAAAGAAGGAGAUCGAGGCGGAUCCUUACGAGGCUUUAUUCGGGAGAAGACUUGAACCCUUUAAGUCUUCGGGCAAGCAUGGGAAUAUUUUCUCUUCCCUGUUCCAGUCCUUUUUCGGUCAUGGGUCAAAGGCAGAAGCCGAGCCUAAGGCGACUGAUACGACUGCGCACGUGAAGACUGGUGCUGCGCGUUCAUCUGAUCUUCGACCUAGUGACAAACAGUCAGCAAGCCCUAGAAGCGAGGUCAACGCAUAUAAGGAGCUGGCGAAGGAUGAUAUUGGAGAGUAUGAGUUUGAUCCCAUCACCGGCCGCAUGGUCCGGAAGAAGAGGGAAACUUGUGAGAGGUCUCAGGAUAGCCCGUACACGGAAACUCCCCAUUCAUCGAUUCAUUCAAAUGCAGUUCAAAAUGACGGCGCCCAGAGUGCUGGCUUCCUCUCCCCGGUAGACCGCUCAGAAGCACACCCGGACACUAAACGGGUUACAGGGGCUGCAGCCCAGGAGAACACCGUGCAACCCGAAAUUGUCGACGACCCGAGUCCUCAAAGUACCACACAAGACCCAAGCGAAUUUGCCUAUGACGGCAGUAUCUUACCUGCGAAGCCAGGAAAUUCUGAUGAAAACAUCCUCAAAGAGCCAACUGAGCCUCAGAACACAACUACGGCUUUUACAAAGGGAGUACCAGCAUCGGAGAUUGAAACGGCUAACGAGCCUUUAUCAACUGACAAUGCUCGUUUAGAGGCGGACAAUGUGCCUCCCUCCGCUAUUAGCCAUCAAACUGAAGGGUCAUCAGGCGUCCCAACGGAAACAAAAGAUCCAUUAGCUACACCACAUAGGACAUCGCACGAGCUUAAGCAGCGGGAAGAGUGGGUUAUGCAGGCAGAAAAGGCUGAAGAUCUGGAUAUCCUACGCGCCAGUGACAUUCGCACGCCGUACGAGCUGGAGAGCAAGGACCGAGAUCCGGAAGAGCAACUAUGGGAAAAGCGGCGCAAACUGGACCUUGCUUUUGAGAUGGCCGAAGACCCAGUCAAAGAACUAGAUGCUGAAAGGAUUCGGGAGAAGUACAAAAUCCAUGAAGCUGCCAAAUCAAAGGAGACGAUUUUGGAGCCGCUUGACACACCAAGGCUUCAAAUGCGCCCUCAGAGUUCGACAACUGCAAGUACCUCCGAAGCAGAGGAGGCACACGAUCAAGUUCAAGCCUCUCCAAAUGGUAUUUGGGCAACAGCAACAUACCGUGUUCUUGUAUAUGACCCCUCUACCUUGCAGGUGGUGGAAGCAGAGACAAUCUCCUCACUGCAGUCGACCGAUAAGCUACUUUCGCCCGCGGAAGUCCUUUCUCGUCUGAGCUACCCUGCGAAGUUCGUACCGUACCUUGCUAAAAUGCACGAUGACGGGUAUGAAAUUGUCUCUGGCGGCGAGGAUAUCAUUGUCUUUAGGAAGGCUUCCGAGAGUGGCUCAGUUAUGCGAUCAAAGACCCCAAGCCGUGGUGGUUUCGCAGAACGAGCCACCCCUCAGUCAGACCCGGAUGAGAAUGUCCAAGCGGCAACUGCUCCUUCUAACUCGUCUCCCAAUCCGGCCAUUGCAAGCACUGCUGAUGCUUCAAAAGGCGCUGAUCAUGCGAAGGCUUGGUUCAGAGUUCGAACAGCACUCCGUAGAAUGCUCAUCGGUGGUGUAGCGACGGCGGGAACGUGCUACGCUAUUGGUGUCGUUGUCGAGUAUUUCCGCACCGGGGGGAAGACGGACUGGUUCGAGUCUGAAAGGCGUCGCAGAGACCGAGAAUAGAGGAUUUCUUGGUUAUUACCUUAUGUGAAGCAACAAUUUGUCACAACAUUGUCAUCAUAUUUUGGUGUUUGCACAGAAAAAUCACAGCUCUAUAUUUUACUUGCCUUCUGUUUCGUCACGGUGCACUUCCUAUCAAAUGGAAUAUCGGCAAAAUCGCAAGUCGAACUGACUGAUUCAGAAUAGCUGACUCUACUAGGAGCGUGCUGGUCUAGGCUACACGGCCUUACAAGUCGUCGUCCUCCAGUGAGCUAUCUUUCUCUUCGUCCUGCCCUGCAAAGUCUUCCCACGGCUUACGCCAACCUUUGAAUCCUCGAAAGCGAC